AUGAGGCCUAUUCUGCUGCAGGGACACACGCGUCCGCUUACCCAGGUCAAGUACAACCAGGACGGCGACCUUUUGCUGACGGUUGCGAAGGAUAACACGGCGAACCUGUGGUACUCGCACAACGGAGAGCGCGUGGGCACGUAUGCGGGCCACCAGGGAGCCCUGUGGUCGAUCGACAUCAACAAGCCGAGCACGCUUGUGGUGACAGGCUCGGCCGACAACACGGCGCGUCUGUGGCACGCGGAGACCGGCAAGGUGCUGCACAUCUGGGAGCUGCCGACCGCCGUCAAGCGUGUCGAGUUCUCGCACGACGACCGGUACAUCCUGAUGGUGACCGAGGAGCGCAUGGGCCACAAGAGCGGCAUCUACGUGUUCGAGAUCGACGAGUCGUCGCCCGUCCAGAGCAACGAGCCCGUGGUGGUCCUGCGGCCGACGCCGUCCAAGGCCACUGUGGCCGCCUGGAGCCACCUUGACAAGUACAUUGUUGCCGGACACGAGGACGGCUCGAUCUCGCUGUUCGAGUGGAAGUACGAGGAGGUGUCGAGGCGCACCAAGGCCCACGACGACACGAUCACCGAUCUGCAGAUGUCCAAGGAUGGCACAUGUACAAGGCUGACACUGGCAUCAACACGGCGACUAUUCACGCCGACGCAGGAUCUGGUUAUCCUUGGUGGUGGUCAGGCUGCCAGCGAGGUUACCACUACGUCAUCGCGCCAGGGCAAGUUCGAGUCCCGGUUCUACCACAAGAUCUUUGAGGACGAGGUCGGCCGCGCCAAGGGCCACUUCGGUCCCAUCAACACGCUGGCUGUCCAGCCCGACGGCAAGGCCUUUGCCUCGGGUGGUGAGGACGGUUACGUGCGCGUGCACUUCUUCGAUCCGGACUACUUCAGAUUCAAGUACGAUUACUGA